UACCAACCAGAUCCCCGCAGGUGUAUCAGAGCAGCAGCCUCCGCAGCCAAGGCCCACCGACAUGAAAUCCCUGCUGUCGCUCCUCAUACUCAGCCUGGCUAUCGCCGGAACACUGGCAGGAUACGGCUACGGAAUCGGAUAUGGUCUUGGCUAUGGUCUCGGCUACGGAGGAUACGGCCUCGGCUAUGGUGGCUAUGGUGGCUAUGGCUUCGGAGGCUACGGACUUGGAUACGGCGGAUACGGCGGAUACGGUGGAUACGGUGGAUACGGCAUAGGUGGAUACGGUCUUGGCUACGGAGGAUACGGUGGAUUUUACGGCUAACAAGCGGGCCUGUCAUCAUGAACUGAUCGGCAAAAUAAACAAAUUGAAGCAUUGUG